CCAUUCAUAAAAUUUUCUCUUUACAUUUUGCUGUUUCAAUAAUGUGUGAUAAGUUCUCUUUUGUAUUUGAUUCUUCUAAUUUCCCGCAGCAAAGCGCAGGCCAAAUUUCUAGUUCACCAAAACCUUAUUCCCGCAUCUUUCUGAAACCAAGAGCGCUUGGGAAUUAUGGGAGAGUCAGAAACCCCAGCAGACAAAGAAGGAGACGGAGGCAUUCAGCCUAAAACAGAGGCGGGGAUGAGCCGGAAGGAGAAGAGGAAAGCCAUGAAGAAGAUGAAGCGGAAGCAGACGAGGAAGGAACUCGCUCUCAAAGAGCAAGAGCUUAUCAACAUGGAGCAAGAGGAGGCCAAGAGGUCCGUGAGUGUGAGGAUCAUGUUUGAGGAGCGAGAGAGAGCUUGGACUGAAGCCAUGGAGAUUCGAAAGCAGAAACGAAUCGAACACGAAGAAGAGGAGCGUAGAAAUAAGGCUCUGGAAGACGAAGAACUAUCUCGCAAGCAACAGAUCAAAAAUGCAAAUGAUGAUGGUGAAGAUGACUGGGAGUAUGUAGAAGAGGGUCCUGCUGAAAUCAUCUGGAAGGAAAAUGAAGUACUUGUCAAGAAGAAAAGAGUCAAGGUUCCAAAGAGGAAUAAAGACCAGCAAAGUAUAAAGGAGGAUUCUGAUCGACCUACAUCAAAUCCUCUCCCUCCACAAUCUGAAGCUUUUGAUGAUUACAAAAAUGCAUCUUUAUCAGCGCAGCAGCUGAUUGAGACUGUGGCUGAACAAGUACCGCAUUUUGGAACUGAACAGGAUAAAGAUCAUUGUACUUUCCAUUUGAAAACUGGAGCUUGUCGGUUUGGUCAGCAUUGCAGCAGAGUCCAUUUUUACCCGGAUAAAUCAUGCACACUGCUUAUCAAGAACAUGUACAAUGGUCCUGGCCUUACUUGGAAGCAGGAUGAGGGGCUCGAGUACACUGAUGAAGAAAUUGAGCGCUGUUAUGAAGAAUUUUAUGAGGAUGUUCAUACAAAGUUCUUGAAGUUUGGAGAAAUUAUAAAUUUCAAGGUGUGCAUAAAUGGUGCACCCCACUUGCGGGGAAAUGUGUACGUACAGUACAAUGCACUGGAGUCAGCUUUGGUGGCGCAUCAAUUUAUCAAUGGUCGCUACUUUGCUGGGAAGCAGAUAAGUUGUGACUUCAUCAAUGUGACGAGAUGGAAGGUUGCCAUAUGUGGGGAAUAUGUGAAGUCGAGGUACAAGACAUGUUCCCGUGGUAGGACAUGCAAUUUUAUCCACUGUUUCCGCAAUCCUGGUGGAGACUAUGAAUGGGCUGAUAGUGAUAGACCACCCCAAAAAUAUUGGGUGGAAAAGAUGGUUGCAUUAUUUGGUUAUUCUGAUGCAUACGAGAAACAGAUGAUGGAGGAUAACUCUGGACAGCUGAGGAACUCUAGCAAGAAGUCAAUGACGGAUUCACAGAGGUUUGUUGUGCAAAGAUCUAGUUCUAGAGAUGGGAGUUGCUCAAGUUUUACUGGUUCUAGUAGAAGAUACGACAAUGAAAAUAAUGCUCCGAAGGGCACCGGCCACCAUAGACCUUCAGGUGAAGAGAACGCUUACUUGAAGGACUUCAAUCACAGGAAGAACAGGAAGUAUUGUAUUGAAUCUGAUGGAGAAUUGUUGCAUAUGGAUGGAGAUACGGAUAGAGAUAUAUACCAUGGUCACAGAAGGAAAAGCGCAAGACAAGAAAACGGAGACCACAAGAACAAAACCUAUGAAACUGAUUCCGAUGGGCAUUUAUUGAAGAGGGGACAGAGCAGGGUAACUGAGCAUGGUAGCACCAGGAAAAGCUCAAGCCAACGACGAAAAGCAGGAGUGCAUCAUGAUUACGGUGAUUGUGAGAAAAAAGUUCAUGAAGUUGGUGGAGAUUGGUCAACUAGAGACAGAGAAUCAUACCAUGACUGCAGGAGAAGUUCAGGACACAAGAGGAAAGCGAGAUAUGCAGAUAAUCACAAGGAACGUAAGAGUAAAGCUCAUGAUUCAGAUGGAGAGUGGUCGGACAGCAACAGGAAAGGUGAUGAGCCCCAUAUAAUAAGGAAAAGCUUGGUGCAUAUUGGCAAUGCUUCUAAUAGCUUAAAGCAACAGGAAAGUUCCGCCAGGUCUUGUACUGCUGAAUUGAGUGAAGAAAUGUUGGACAAAGAUGCAGAAAAAGACUCUAGUCAUGCUAGCAAACGAUCAAAACACUGGGAUAAAAGUGGCAGAUAAAUCAGAUGGUGAUCGAGCCCUGGCACAAGAUCUGAAACACAAUAAGGGUCAUUUGAGUUUAAAGAUAAAGGAAGCAGAUUCCCCUGUUAAAAUUUUGAAAUCGUAUGGAACCCCUGCGCCCUGCAUUUUGGAUCAAGAUAAUACGAGAUGUGCCACUGAUGUGCAGAUUGACAAACAGGAUCGCUGGGAACCUGAACCUGGUUGCGUGGAAAAACAUAAUUCUGAAGGAAAGGCAGGAAGUUCAGAAAGCCAUGAAUCUCGCGGGGCGGGUCAAUACAAAGGAAGGGAUGAAUCAAGUGAGUUUGAAUCUAAAUUGUACUAUGAUGAUAAAGUUGGCAAGGCAGAACAUUAUGAAUCUAGAGAGGUAACUAGUUCAAAACACCGUAAUUCCAGGAGACAAUCUGUAAACAGCAUUGGUGAACGUGACAGUGGAAAAAGAUCACGAGGUAGCAGCCAAUCAGGGUAUAGGAGGCACUCCAAUAGCUCUGAUGAGGUGACGGAUUCUUCUGAAGAUAACAAAGAAUCUAGAAGGAGACGCAAUAAGCACCAUGCGAGCCAUAGAUCUGGCGAUCGCAAACGUCAUCGUAAGAAAAAUUAGUUGUAACAUAGGGAAGUUAGGUGCAUGACAUUCUCCUCUAAUCAUAUUUGGAAGAAAGCUCUCACUGAAGAAUGUAACUCAUAUUUGCUUAUUAUCUAGUUACAGCCAUUAAUCUUAGAAUCAAACAUGUCAAGGACAUGGUGCUUGUUGCUUGUGUAUGUUUAGUUUCUAAUGAUGCUCUAA